AUGCCGAAUCCUUUGCGGGGCCUAUUCCGAAAGGGUUGGCAGCGUCGUCGGCGCAGGAAUAAGCGUCCACCUCGUAACAAUGGAAAUGGUGUUCUGAGCAGGGGGCAGCGCAGGAAGAGAGUGCAACGAGAAAUCCAUGAACUGGAGAAGGGAGGUAUUAUGCCCUCAUUUGACGAGCUUAUGCCACUGCUGACUUGCAAUGACAAGGCUACACAAUUUUUCUAUGACAACAAAGUACUACAGCCACCGGCAAACUGUCCUCGUUGUGACAAGCCCAUUCCUUACGCCCCCAACGCUAGGAACACUGUUAGGUGCAGGAGAUCCGACUGCCCAUUCAUCAUCCCGUCUGAGUGUGACAAGUGCGGAGAUGUGGUUGCUUUUUACACGGACGAAAACUCAGGUGAAAUCCUGUCGGCGGUGUGUCAGAACAGUGGUUGUCAUUGGACUUGGAAGCACACCGGUACAGCAUUCGAGACCUCAAUCAACAAAGGAAGUGUCAUGGUGAACUGCAGGCUCGAGAAAAACAAGAUUCUGUGGUUGAUCUAUCUCUGGCUAUUGAAAGUGCCAGUGAGGACUGCUUCUGUCAUGUCGUCGGUUUCUGAGGGAACGGUCAGUCGAUGGUACCGGCAUUGGAGGAGAAUGGUCACCGAAAUGGUCCUACAGGCUGGAAAAGAAGAAUACAUGCUAGGUGGACCGGGAAGGAUUGUCGAGGCCGAUGAAGGGAAGUUUGGCAAGCGAAAGGACAAUCGAGGCAGGUGUGUGAAUGCUGAUUGGGUCUUUGGAAUGGUGGAGCGAGGAGGUGACCGGAAAAUGGCCCUCGCAGUGGUGCCUAACCGGAAGGCCGACACUCUGAUCCCCCUGAUUACGGCUUUUGUCUUGCCAGGUACAACAAUUCACACCGAUAUGCAUGGAGGCUACAACAAGAUUGAGGAGCUGGAGGGCUACGGCUACGUACACAAACGACUAUGCCAUAAGUACGAGUUUGUGGCUCAGGACGGAACUCACACUCAGACGAUUGAAGGCAACUGGAGAGUGCUGAAGAAAAAUGUACCAGAAAGUCAGAGAGAGGGUAGCGACCUUCAGGAGUACUUGUAUGAGUGCAUGUGGCGGCGCAAACACACCAACAAUUUGUGGGGUUCCUUCAUGGAGGGACUUGCAAGUCUGAGAUACCGACCUGCCGAUAUCGACCGCCUGUGGGAUCACCGGGAGUUGAUGGAUGAUCCGGACAACUGGGACCCUGAUGACACGAGUGAAAGCAGCGAUGAUAUCAGUCUGUCGGCAGACUCGAGCGUCAGUGAAAUCAGUGCGAGCGACCCAUCGUCCGACUACAUGGUGAUCUAG